AUGCACGCGCCAUGCGACGAGUCGGUGCGCCCGGUGUUGCGCGCCGCCGCCGCCGCGGGCGGGCGCUUCAUCAACGGCGGUCGCACCAACGAUUGCGUGGGGCCCGGGGGCGGGGGCGGGUGGCCCCGCUGGUGGAGCGAAGCAGGAGAGCCCAACAACCGAGCGGCAGCGCCCCCCCAACGGCGCGCGCCGGCGAGCCGCCGCGAGAGCCCCGCGUCGGGCCCCGCCUCCGC